UUGUCUUGAGUUGAUGUGACCUAAGUCACCAAUACUUUGGCAAUGAGUUGAAAGGCAAAACCAUGUUACUUCAGGUGCUAUUGUCUUCCAUGGUACCCACAGAAUAGUGAUUAACAGGACUCUCUUAGUUGCCAUUGUCCUAUAUAAACACUUUCGAGAAGGUGUCUACCACUACAACACUCAGCAAAACUUGAAAGUAUUCAAAGCUUUCUCUGCUUUUGAGGUCUUCAGUAUUUUUUUCUUUCUUUUCUCAUCUAUUCUAAAACUAAAUAUAAUGGCUAUUCGUAUGGCUCGUAUAAUCAAGAAAUUUGGAGAUGUUCCCAAGGGAUAUCUUGCUGUGUAUGUUGGGGAGGAGCAGAAGAAGAGAUUUGCAAUCCCCAUAUCAUUCUUGAGCCAACCUUUAUUUCAAGACUUACUCAGUCAAGCUGAGGAAGAAUUUGGUUUUGAUCAUCCAAUGGGCGGUCUCACCAUACCCUGCAGAGAGGACAUCUUCAUUGACCUUACUUCUCGUUUGAGAAACUGAUGAAGAAACUUUCUUUCACAUUUUUGUAGAGCAGCAAAGCAGGAUUUUCAGUCUGUACACUUAGUAUUUAGAGAAAAUAGUAGUUGAUGUAAGAAUGAGAGUUGUUACUAAAGUCUGACUAGGUAGAUUAGUGAACUUAUCUCUGUAAAGGCUGAUUGUUAUUCAUGUCAUGUCAAAGAGAUGAAUAACACUUCAUUUUUUUCUACUUCAAAGAUAUCGAAGUAUUGAAUCUUUAUCA